GCAGAGAGCCACAGGAUGGUCCUGAGGGCCCCUGUGGGCCGACGAAUAAAAGCUGACCGGGAAGACAUACCUACAGAUAACUUGUUAAGGGUAUUUUUGAGGAAAAGGCAAUGUUUUACAGAGCACAGCCCAGAGUGCCCACUUUGCCCCGUGGGCCAGCCCAGUAGACAUCCUGCCACGGGCAGAAAACGCAAAAAGCAGCGAUCUAAGGGCAAAAAACACUCUCCCUUCAGCAGCAGCACGGGACCUGGGCAGCUCCAGGGCGCUGCGGAACGCACCGCACACCCACCCUCUCCCUCGGCCCGCUGCUGGGGCCGGGCCGCCGCCAUUUCCGCGCGGCGGGGGCGGAGCUGGGCCGUGCCGGGAUACGCGAUGGCGGCGAAAGCCGGAGCGUUGCCUGAGGUGGCGGCGCGACUGAAGAGACUCAUGGCUGCCGAACCGUCGGCCCGUCUGGAGAGCGUGCGGGCCAUGACGGGCCUGUUCCGGGAGGCGCAGCCCAGAGAAAUGGCAGAAGAAAGUCUGUUCCGGGACCUCCUGGAAAUCCUGAUGAGAGCCUCAAAUGAAAUUGAACAGGCCUGUAAAGAUUCCUCUGAACUGCUGGGUUUAGACACCUGUCUGAUGCUCAUAGCAGAAUGUUUCAGGUGUCUGAGGAAUGCCUGUGUUCAGUGUGCCAAGAAUCAACAUAUCAUGAGGAACUUGGGUCUCAUCGCUACAUCUGUCCAUUUGAUCAAAUUGCUUGAUGGGAUGCAGGUCAAAGAAGAGCCAUUACUGAUUGCUUUUCGAUGUAGCCUCCAGUUUCUUGGAAACAUUGCAGCAGGAAAUGGAGAUUCCCAGAAUAGCAUUUGGAAGUGUGCUUUCCCAGAUCUCUUCUUGACCUGCCUAACAUACAGUGAUGAGAAAAUUGUUGCCUACUGUUGUAUGGUCUUGUUUACCUGCCUUAAUUCAGAGAAAGUGAAAGAACUGCUGGAUCCUGGGAACUUGUCUGUGGCUCUUCACGUCAUAAAAGUCUACAAAGAACGAUUGGAGUCUGAGUGGUCGUUCUUAAUUGUUACAGACUAUUUGCUGCAGUGUCCAGAGUUGGUAAAAGCCCUGUAUGCCAAACUGAGCAAUCAAGAAAGGGUUACUUUUUUAGAGCUGAUGAUGGCAAAAGUGAGUGAGAAGAACUCAGUUACCAGUGAAGAAAUGAAUGUGUUCAUGAGACAUGCUGAGUUCCUUUCAGGCUGUUUCAAAGAAAAAUGUGAAGCCGUGCUCAAGCUAACUUCUGCAGCAGAUGCAGAAGAUGAGGAAGCCCUGGUUACAAUUCGGCUUCUUGACAUUCUUUGUGAAAUGACAUCAAACAAUGGACAACUGGAGUAUCUGCAGACCUUGCCUGAUUUGCUUCAAACAGCCAUAGAUACACUGAGACUAACUCAUCUUGCUGGAAAACAGACUGUAAAUAUUUUCACAGCAACACAUUCUAUGAAGUGGCAAGAAGAAAUUUCACAUCCAGCUGUGGGUUUUAAGGCUCAUCUCAUUCGUUUGAUUGGAAACUUGUGUUACAAAAAUAAGGAAAACCAAGACAAGGUUUACGAGUUGGAUGGCAUCCCACUGAUUCUAGACAACUGCAGCAUCGAUGACAACAAUCCUUUUCUGAACCAGUGGGCAGUAUACGCUAUCCGAAAUCUCACUGAACAAAAUGAGAGAAACCAAGAGCUUAUUGCGCAGAUGGAGGAGAAAGGGCUGGCAGAUAAUUCUGCCCUUGAGAGUAUGGGUUUACAGAUAGAGAAACAAGAUGAGAAGUUAAUUCUGAGAUCUGCCCAAAAAAAGCCUUCAUGA